AUGUUCUUGGGCUCACUGCCAAGAUUACGAGAAUUGAAAAUCGCAGAUUGUGUCAAUUUGACUAACGUGGGUUUGGAGAAGUUUGCCAAACGAGCGACUCAGUUAGAAUGCAUGAAUAUUUCAUGCUGUCACAAGAUAACUGAUGCCGGACUGAAAGCACUCGUGCGUAACUGUCGGCUUUUGCAAUGGCUGGAACUAGCAGGCUGCUACGAGCUAACGGACAAGGCGGUGCACGAACUGGCCAAUUCGUGUCCGUAUUUGCAACGGUUGGACUUGAGCGCCUGUGUCAAUGUUACAGACGCGUCACUCAGCUACCUGCAACGUGGAUGCAGAAGAAUGCAGCACUUAACGCUGCGAUAUUGCAAGUCCAUAAAAAAGAGCACGGUGGAACGCCUUAGCGAACGGAUCAAACUCGUAGAACACUCAAUGGAUGAGCCACCCGAGCAUUUACUGCCUCCCCAACCAACUGAGGUAUAAAACACGGUCCGCAAACCCCAUUGAGCUAGCGUGAAUGGCGGUCGUUUAUAUGACUGACGGUCAGGUACAAUGCACGAACCCCAAUUAGCUUCCGUAUGCCUCUGCCGCGUGUUCACACUCUAUGUGGACGAUCUCAAGGCCAUCAAGUCAUUGAUGUCUGUAUGACAACGCCAAGAUUUGGAGCCAACUGCGCGAGUUGUUGUAGUGGUCUUCCAUUAUUUUGUACAUUCUGCAUUCUGAUCAACUUAUAUUUGA